AGGAGCGAAAUCGUCAGCCAUGGUGCAGGCGGCUGUGAGAUUGAAGACCUGGGGGAAAGACACGGAGGUGACGAUCCCUUCGCGUUUUUAAACAUGAUCCUUGCCCUCAUCCCGCUUCCCUAGUACCCCAAUUACAGGGAUAGGGUCUGGGGCAACUCAGAAGCCUCGUGUAGUGGGGCUCACGCGCUUCCUGAUAAGACUCUGAUAAGUUUUGGUACCGUUGCGUCGAAGGACGAUCGUCUAUGGAGAGUGUUGAUGUGCUUCUGGGCAUGAUGUGCUCGCGCGAGCACGCACCCCUACGCACCCGUUGUUGUCGAGCAUUGAACGUUGAACGUUGGACUCAACCCUCAUCAUGGUGAGGACAAACAGCCGUGGGAUCAAGGAAGACUCACAAGGCAACGCAGUCGGAGGAUCAGAGCGAAUAGUGUCGUAUCGGGGACUGAGCCAGUUCCAAGGCAGAAGCGCUUCGGCGUGCGGAUUGGCGUGUUUGAACUUCGCUAGACAUGUGCUCGAACGCAGGAGAAACGGCGAAUCAACGGAGCGGAUUCUUCAAGAGAUUUCUUGGAAAGAAUCCAUGGAGGAGAUCCUUGCCAUAACAUCUGGGUGGACCGACGACUCACAUCUUGAAGUCGAUCAAAUAGAGCAGCUCCCGCUAUUCAAGAGCUCCCUCAAGCUAGUGCACACACAGUUCGGCCAACCGACUAAGGAGCACUUCAGGUCACUACUUCGGCACUUGGAACGAAUACCAUCAUCAUGUGCCGUCGCUGUCAUCACACGUCCUCCCGAGAUCAUUGCCUGCCUCAAAGUUAUCGUCUCCGGGAGUAACACCUUCGUCAUUUUUGAUUCACAUCCCCGACCUGACCACUCCGAUGGUGCGGCACUGAUCUUCGUCGACUCAAUCGAUAAGGCUGCCGUCCGACUCAGUACAAUCUUACCCUACGACGAGGCCCUCAUGUCUGAUAGUCAUCUCCAUUGGCAGGCUCAGCUCCUUGGGCAGUUCUCCAGCCACACCUUCGUUGCAAGGGAGCUUGACACAUCGCCCAUGGCCAUGAUGUAUCUCGUUGCGGAGGCUAGCCUUGAUAUCCUCUCCUUGCAAACUAAAGUCUCCACCCUCGAGUCGCGGAAUUCCUCAGUCCUCACGUCAGAGAAUCAGCGUCUAGAGAAGCGGAUGGAACAAAUGGAGGACACACGGACGGCGUUAGAGAUCCAAUUACGCGAGUUGGCGGCAGCGCCUUUUCGCAAAUCUCCACUGCAUCCGGAUCCUAGCGCGAAGAAUGCAGAGGCUGGCCCUUCUCGCCUUCCACCAUCCGCAUCUGUCGGCAAUCCUCGCUCCGAAGAUGGACCUCAGCACGACUCCAUACAACAAUUCAACCAGGAAGAUCGCCUCAUUCGACAGCAGCACGAUAUUAUUGCUACAAGCCAGAUAAAGCCCUUUGAAUGCAACAUCUGUUUCGAGGAGCAGUCAGAAGACUUCGCAGUCCGACUCAGGCCCUGCGGGCAUCCGUUCUGCCGGACAUGUGCCAAGGAGUUUAUCGUAUCGAACAUCAACGAACAUCGAUUUCCGGUGCUCUGCCCUGUAUGCUCCGCGGAAAAGGCCGAGAAGCCCAGUGUUGUCGACUCCUGGCUGGUGGAGCAGAUUGGCGUCAACCAGGACCAAUAUUCUAUCUGGACGGAGAUGGAACUUGCCCAGUUCUCGAUUCUAAUCCAUUGCCGCGGCUGUAAACGGAGUGUUUUUAUUGAUAGACAAGACCACGACGAUACGAAGAUGCUGGCGUGCCCCCUGCCUAGAUGCAAUUACGUAUGGUGUAAGGCAUGUCAAUGUUCCAUUCAGAUCGGCGGUCCAUCGCAUUCGUGUGACGGCUCAUCGGAGCUCGACCACCUGAUGAAGCAGAGAGGUUGGAAGUACUGCCCUAGUUGCAAGACUCCCUGUGAGAAGGUAUCAGGCUGCAACCACAUGAUAUGCAUAUCUCCUGGAUGUACAUAACACGCACUUUUGUUAUUUAUGCGGUAACAUCAUUGCUCGGUUUGCCGUUCGCAGGGAGAUUCAGACGGGUACUGAGAACCACUACCGG